UGUGCACAAAUAUAUCCACCUGGCAAGGAGAUUGCCCAACUUCGUCUUCAAGAUGUCGGAUUCGAUUUUCAUUAAAUGGUCCACGGGGGGAAAACCUCAACAGCCACUCGACAAUUCAGCCUUAAACAAAGGUCUCGGCAGGUUGUGGAACAAAAUGUUCGAUUCAAACAAACCGAUUUCUACAACUAGGCUCAGAAAAUCCGUUGUCACCGAAGUCAGAAGGGCUGUACCCACUUCAAGGGAUGUGCUAGCUAGGCACAUGUCCCAUGAGCCUUCCACAGCCGACAGAUAUUAUCACAUGUCAGACAAAUCAAAGAUGGCGGUGCCCGUGUCCAGGCUCAUAACGGCUGUCAUGGAAGGGGAAAGUGAAGCAUCAAGAACUACCAAACAGAUUGCACAAACAAGCUCCAUUCAAGAGAUAUCGCAGACAGGUACAGAGGAAGGUAGUUCAAACCCUAACCCUACCCCUGAUUCUGACUCUCCAAAGAAAACGACACAAACACCCGAAGGUUUUCCACAGUUGCCGCCAGGGCCACAUAGAAGGAGACCAUUUAGUGAAAUAGAGGUGAGAACUCUAGUAGUCCUGCUGAGCGGAUUGGACGUAACAAAAGGCAUUACAAAACUGGCAGUGAUUAGCCAUCUCCAAGAAUCAGAGGAGGGAAGGCUGUUCUUGCUAAAUAUGCAAAAUAAAUUAGGAUCAGAGUACCAAAAGAAAAUAAUUGACAGAGUAAGGACAUUGUUUAGAAGGUGAAUUUCUUGAAGUUGAAGUCACGGUUAG